AUGUUUGGACUGUCAAAGUCAGAGCUUUCACUGGGUUGGGUAGAGGCAGCGGGUCUCCUCCUCUCUCUGCUGGAAGGGUCUGAACAGAAGGACAAAAUAUUGGUCAUCCAAAGGCACCAGUGUGGUACCAAUCAAGCCCUCUCUAAUGUCAAAGUUAAGGCAAAGUUGGGAAAGUUAGGAGAGUGUUUAAGCAGGGUGUCUGGAUAG